UGAAGUCUCUCUGUGUGUCUGAGCUCUCUGUGUAUUAACACUAACAUGGUUUGUGCCACGCAGGCACAGUGAAGUCAACCCACUGCAGCGGAUGGGUGGGAUCAGCCCCAGCAGCCUGAUAGCCACGUAGCUAGCUACCAACGUUAGCUGUGUAGGUAAGAGCUCCUCUAUCCUCGCUAACGUCAGCGAAGGUUACAAUGGAUUUGCCACAUCAUGGGUACCGAGCAACUAAACAGAGAGCUCGUACAGCUCCUCCAACAGGAGAUUCUGUCCUGUUUGAGGACACCAGCUCUGGAGCACCAGCCAUGAACAGUCAGGCAUACUACACUCCGGGGUACAAUAUGGGAGGACCCUCAAAUGACAUGCAAGGAGAUGCUGCAGUGAACAACCUGUUUGCCGACCCAAUGGCCAAUGCUGCCAUGAUGUACGGUUCCUCCUUAGCCAACACAGGAAAGGAUAUGGUAAACAAAGAGAUCAGCAGAUUCAUGUCUGUGAACAAGCUGAAAUACUUCUUUGCUGUUGAUACCAGAUACGUACUGAAGAAACUUAUGAUCCUCCUGUUCCCUUACACACACCAGGACUGGGAAGUUCGAUACCAUCGGGACACUCCACUGACUCCAAGGCAAGAUGUGAAUGCCCCUGAUCUGUACAUCCCAACAAUGGCUUUCAUUACCUACAUUUUACUUGCUGGAAUGGCCCUCGGAAUUCAGAAACGGUUCAGUCCAGAGGUUCUUGGGCUGUGUGCCAGCACUGCCCUCGUGUGGAUCAUCAUUGAGGUGUUGGUGAUGCUGCUGAGUUUGUACCUGCUGACAGUACACAGCGACCUGUCAACCUUUGACCUCAUCGCCUACAGUGGAUACAAAUAUGUCGGGAUGAUCUUCACAGUGUUGUGUGGCUUACUGUUUGGAAGUGAUGGAUAUUAUGUGGCCCUUGCCUGGUCCUCUUGUGCCCUCAUGUUCUUCAUAGUUCGAUCUCUGAAAAUGAAGAUCCUUCCCUCUAUCUCCUCGGACACCAUGGGAACUGGACCAAGUGCCAAACCCCAGUUCCGCCUUUAUAUCACUGUGGCCACUGCAGUCUUUCAGCCAAUCAUUAUUUACUGGUUAACCUCUCACUUGGUCAGGUGACCAUGAGGUAUUUAAUAACCUGAAGUCCAUGUGUACUGGACCCAAAAAUUGGUUGUUGAGUGUUUGUACGCUGACCUUUAUACACUCUGUUUGUCAGUUAACUCAAAACAUGUAUGUACAGUGUUGAGCUGCAGCGUGUGGACAGCUUGUCAGACGGACAUGUCCAUAGAUCGUUUCAUUGAUUCAACAAGAAAGUUUGACAGAAAAUGUUUCAAUGGAAGACAGUUUUUUUCUUUUGUGAGUGCAUUGUAACACCAACAAAUGCUUAUUUUGGCCACUUAACUUUAAACACAAGGGCUUUCAAUGACAUUUCUUUCAUGAUAUAGAAUCAAUUUAGGUUUGAUUUUAUACAGUCUCUUAACAUACUUUCCAGUAUUUACACCCCCCACAGACACAAACAUGCAUUGUGUGAUUCCAGUACAGUUUUUCUGGUACGGUAAUGUUGCUGCGUUACCUCCCCUCUUGUGAAACCUGGAUUUUAUUUAUCUACAUUUGACAAAGCAUGACCAUGUUUGGAUUUUUUGUAGGAAAAAAUAAAUAUAUUUAGUGUUGCGUAAACACUUUGAGACUUUUUUGGAAGGAACAUAAUCCUGUGUUUGUUGUAUCUGAUUUAUUUCUUUCGGAUAAAUAUGGAUUUAUUUCAGUGAAUAAGAUUUGAUUUGUAAAGACGUUGCCACAGAUUCUCAGAAUUUAUUUGAUUUACAGUGUGUUUUUUUUUUAGAUAUUCAUGUAAUAUUCAAAUUGCCAAUUUGUGGGAACUAAUGUUCACUCCUUGACAUUUUAGAGCCAAAUUGUGCCAUUUUUUUUCUUAUUCUUAAUUCAACACAAAAAUACCAAUAAUAGUACAAUUAUGUAAUAUAUAACAAAGACAGGGAUGACGAUAUUGCAUUGCUGCUUGUGAUAUUGAAAAUAAUGCAUUCAAAAAUGAUUCCUUAAAUAAAUGUAAAUAAGUAUCACUGUCAAA